AUGAUAUUCGAGAUAUCGCAGUACAUUUUCCUAAGGGAAACUACUCACAAGGUUGCUGAAAACUCUUCGACAGCCCACGACCAGUUUCGCCCUUCUUGGGGCUCAUCGGGUAGGCGCAGUCCGGGAGUUUCCGCCAACUUUAUGUUCUACUUGAACCCGAGUGUAGGGUCGAAUGACAUGUUCCCUCUAGGCACGACCAGAGGAUACACGGCAUCUGUCACUGAUCUGAACGAACUCAUUAUCGAUUGCGAAGUGAAAUAUUCUACUCUCAUCCGCUUAGAACCAAGCUAUAUACCAAGAGGUUCAAGGGUCUUGUGGAUGAGGAAUUUGCCCAAAAUCGCUGGUUUUCAGAGAACGAGAAACUACUCAAACAAAGCCAGUAGACUAGAUAUGGGAUCCCAGCUUUUAUGGACUUCCGAAGAAUCAUUUCCAGAUAAGCUCCGCCACUAA